CGGUGCCGCUGCAGGACUUCGCGCGCUUCCUGGACCCCGCCUCCCUCCCGCGCGUGCUGCGGAUCUACUCGGGGGUCUAUUUCGAGGGUGAGUGCAGGGCAGGACCCCUCCGACCGCCGGCUGUCUCUAGGUGGGGGAAAGGUCAGAGAGAAUUGGGAACCCCAGGUUCUAAUUCCGACUCAGUUCCUGCACUGAUUGGGUGAACCCUCGGCUUCCGUGUCAUUGGGGACCCCUCUGAGCUGCCCUGCACGGUGGUGCUGUCAGAGAGGCUCCAUCUACGAGAUUUCCGGGAAUGAGUGUUGCCUGUCCACGGGGGACUUGGUCAAGGUCACGCACAUCCACCUGCAGAAGGUUGUCUGCGAGAACCUGGGGACUGGUCAGACCUUGGAGCUGGACCCCAACUUCCAGGGUGCCUGUCUCUGCUCACACGAUCACUCAGCAGACACAUAGGGCAGUCAGGAGUGCCGGGCCACAUGUGGAGGUCUCAGGGGGAGGCCACUUUAGCCCCCUCACCAACCAUCAGAGCUACAGGACCCUGGGGGAGCUGGUCUCUGCCACCACUCAGAGCCCCACACAGCUGCCCAUCUUCUUCAUGUCAACCCACAGCAUCCUUGUGGAUGCCAGGGUGGUACCCGAGGACCAGCCCCUCCUCCUGGAGGCUGUGGACACGCACCUUGGGAUGCGCUGCGCACGCUGUGUGCUGGACACCGAGUCACAGCGGGUGGUCAUGCACCUGCCCCUGACCCUGAAAGGGCCCUUCUGGCAAUGGGAGCCCGGUGCCCCCCGAAGCCUGCUUGAGGCCCUACAGGACCCAGCACUGCAGGACCUCAUCUUCACCUGCCCUACCUUACCCUGGAGCUCUCUGGUCCUGAAACCCCUUUACGAACUGCAAGCCAUCAUGCACAUGCGCAGGACCAUCGUCAAGAUCCCCUCCAGCCUGGAGGUGGAGGUGCAGGACGUCACCACCUCCUCCCAGCACAUCCACUUUAUCAAGCCACUGCUGCUGAGCGAGGUCCUGGCCCAGGGGGGUCCCUUCCCAAUGUCUGCAGAGAUCCUGGAAGCUCCCGAGGGACCUUCCAUCUUCCUCAGCCCAUGGGUGGGCUCCUUGCGGAAAGGCCAGAAGCUUUGCAUCCAUGGCCUGGCCAGUCCCACCUGGUGGGUCCUGGCCUCAAGCAGGGGUCACAAGGUGCCCCGGCAUUUCCUGCUCUCGGGGGCCUACCAGGGCAAGCUGCGGCGCCGGCCCCGUGACUUCCCCACUGCCUAUGACCUCCUGGGCGCUGUGCAGCCGGGCCAGCCAUUCCGGGUGGUGGUGACCAAGGACUGUGAGGCCGGAACAGCCGACGAUCCUGAGUCCUGCUCGCUGGCUGUGGGGGACCGGCUGGAGGUGCUGGGGACUGGCCAGGUCCAUGGGUACCAAGGCAGGGACCAGGAUGUCUUAGUGUGUCAACGGCUGAAUGAACAGGCUGAGGAGGAAGAGGAGGAAGAGGCUGGAGAGAACGAAGAGGAGGAAGAGGCCCAAGAGCGGCUGCUGCUUCCCCUCUAUCUGGCGGGCAGCUUUGUGGAGGAGCUGAACGACAGCCGGCGCUACCGAUUGGCUGAUCUGAUGACUCAAUUCCUGUUGCCCUGUGAGGUCAAGGUGGUGGCCAAGGAUGUCAGCCAGUCUGCAGAUCCCCUGGCUUCCUUCCGGGGCCUGCGGCUGGAGGAGAAGGUCACGGAACCCUUCUUGGUCGUGAGCCUGGGCUCUGAGCCCGAGGUGAGCUUUGCCAUCCCACCCCGGUGGCUGGAUUUCACUGUGGUGGAGUCUGAGCAGGGGCUGGGCCAGCCAGCAGCAGUGCCCCCUGUGAUCACGGUGGAAGAGCUGACCGAUGCCUUCUACUAUCGCCUGCGAAAGUUGCCAGCCUGUGCCAACCAAGCACCUCCUCCCAGGCCCCCCAAAAGCAAGGGGCUCAGAAAGCAGCUGAAGCAAAGCAGCGAGAAGGGCGACAGUGAGCCUUCCCAAAGCUUUGUCCAGCCGCAGCUUCCUCUGCUGCCCAAAUCCAGGGCCAACACCUUGUUGGUGUCCAGCUGUAAUGAUUACAGCCAGAUUUCUACCCACCGGAAGGGCAAGUCUGCCACCCUGCCAAGCCAGGCCACAGACUCUCUUGCAGAUGACCAGCAUGAUUAUGAAGAAAUACUCGAGCAAUUCCAGAAGACCAUCUAGAUGCGGGAGAGUCCUGGACGUGAGCCAGCCCCUCCAAGCCUCUGGAGGACCUCGCCGGGAGGGUGUGUGUCCAGGUUCAGGACGCCUGGCUCCCACUGCUGAGUGGCUCCAAGUUCUGUUCUGACUCCUGCUUCCUGCUAAUGCACACCCUGGGAGGCAGCAGUGAUGACUCUAGUCGGGUCCCUGCCACCCACACCAGAGACCUGGCUUUGGGUCCUUGGGGAGAGGACCGGCCACAGGAGCUCCCUCCGUGUCUGAGAAGAGAGAGUAGCCUUGGGCAGUGCCUCCUAGAAAUGAGGCUGCUGCCAGGGCUCGGUUUUGUGGGUGUGACUUGAAACGGAAUGGACGCUACACCUGCUUCCUGUGCAUUUUGAAUUUGUUUCUUGGCCUUUUGACUGAGAUGGAGCUUGGAUUCCCAUUCAGAGACACAGCACCUUGCACUGGACUCAUUGCUAACCCAGGGCUUCAAUAUGCAGAGGGGCCAACUGUGUUCUGUACAAUUAUGUGCCCCUACCAGUUGUCCUAUUGUGCAGAAGACUCCAAAACACCACCAGCCUUGGGGAUGGCAGCCAAGUGCCACCUUUGGGCAAAGGCAGACCUCAUUGCAUCCAGAAUCUUCUUCACACCUGCCAUCCCUACCAGCUUUCAGCCAGUUCCUGCCCUCCUCACCUCUGUGGCACCUGGCACCUCACCUGGUAUUUGGUCAACAGGGGCUGCAGGAGUGAAUCUUGAAAUCUUGCCCUCCCAAAGCUGGUGGUGAGGUUGGGGGAACCAAGUUAAGGAGACCUGGGGCUACGGGAAAGUGGCAGGCGCCAUCAGGUGGGGCUACGAUGACGGUCACAGCUUUAAGUGACCAUCUGAGAUCAUCUCAUUCUAGUACCACGGAAUAAACAUGCCAUUUGAGCUCUGUCAGAGUAACAGCUCUGUGCUGCAUCCAAAAUUCCCAAUUUCUAAGGUAGGCAAUGCCUGAUUGAAAGGUUAGGACACAGGCCGAUGGUCAAGGUUGAAGCAAAAGAACCCAUAAGCCUGGGCUGGGGUCUCAGGUCAGCUGUGCAGCUGUGAACUCUGGGCCAAGUACUUUUACCUCUGUAAGCUUCUUGACCUGCAAAUAGAAAAGUUACCUACCUCACAGAACUGUCUCAAGGAUCAUAAUGUAAGAAUUUAGUGAACAGUAAGCAUGCAAGUUUUG